AUACAGUAAAUAGGUGUUCUACGAAAACGCGAUAUUUUGGCAAAAUCGUAUUCUAUAUCGAUGAUAUCAGAAUCCGAAAACGUUUUUGGGACCCCCCCCCCCCUAAAAAAAAAACACCCAGACAUCGGUGGGGUGCACGUGUUGUGCCUACAUCGAUAUUUAUGUAUAUAUGCGUAAAUUACGACGAGGUCGACUUUGCCUUUAAUAUCUUUGCUGGGGCGGGACACAAUAAAAUAAAUACUAGUUGUCUACUGAGGUCAAGGUAAGCGACUUAGGCCCCCCCCCCAACACCUCCGCCGAUAUUGCUGGCGUUGUGCCAAAAUUUGAAACCAAUAUUUCAUACGCAUGCGCACUAAACGUACGUCCGUCUCCAUUCAUUACGUUACGACAAACAUUUGAAGUCUGGUGCCAGAAUUUCUCUCAAUUCACUCCUAAACACAUUUGUAAUAGAUUUCUCAACCACCUGACGCACUUCCAACAACAACACCAUCCUUUAUAAAGACAUUUCCGUGGAGAAAUGUUCUUAAAAUAAACUCCAACCACAGAAAUGCUGAGAAUCCAAUGCUUUAUUAUAAUUUAUCGAACCCUUGUUUCUUGAUAUAAGAAUAUCAGAUGACAUUGGCAUAACUGAAGAUACAUUCUCAUUAUUUAUCAGCUUUUUAAAGACCAAAAUGGAAAUAUUGUACAGAACAGAUAUAUAAGAUUGUUUCUAUAAAUCUGUGGUGGAAUUCCUCUGAUAUAUUUACUCUGAAAUGUGUUAUUAGCAAACCUUCUGGACAUCACUGGCUGGAGUGUCUACAAGAUGAGCCUGUUUGCAGAUUGAAUGUGGAUAAAUUUAGUUGUUUUGUGACAAAGGUAACAGUGGCCAGAAAUACAACAGUUGAAAUAUUUGUAAACAAAAGACUAUAGAAGCAAAAAGAAUAAAAAAAGAAGGUAUAUUGUGAAGUUGAAGGAAAAAUAAUGGAAAAGAGUGAGAAAGUGAAGGAACAGAUUUUACCAGAAGUUAGCAAAAAAGAGAGACAAAAAUUGUCACAUGACUGUGAUGUGUGUAAAAAGUCUUUCUCAAGUAAAUGUAACUUAAAUAGUCACAAACGUAUUCAUACAGGAGAGAAGCCAUUUCACUGUGAAAUCUGUGGUAAAUCAUUCUCUCAAAGUGGCAGCUUAGCUAAACAUAAACGUAUUCAUACAGGAGAGAAGCCAUAUUCCUGUAAUAUCUGUGGCAAAUUAUUUUCUGAUAACAGUGCUCUAACUCAACAUAAACGUAUUCAUACAGGAGAGUCACCAUAUCAUUGUAGUGUCUGUGGUACAAGAUUCUCUGACCAAAGUGUUUUAAAUAAUCACCAGCAUUGUCAUACAGGAGAGAAGCCAUUUCAAUGUGACAUCUGUGGUAAAUCAUUCUCUCAUAGAAGUGCUUUAACUAAUCACAAGCGUAUUCAUACAGGAAAGAAGCCAUAUUCCUGUAAUAUCUGUGGUAAAUUAUUUCCUGGUAAAAGUGCUCUAACUUAUCAUAAACGUAUUCAUACAGGAGAGUCACCAUAUCCUUGUGAUAUCUGUGGUAAAUCAUUCACCAUGAGUUCUAACUUAACUGGACACAGACGUAUUCAUACAGGAGAAACACCAUAUUCUUGUGAUAUCUGUGGUAAAUUAUUCUCUCAAAAUAUUUAUUUGACUUUACACAAACGUAUUCAUACAGGAGAGACACUAUUUCACUGUGAAAUCUGUGGUAAAUCAUUCUCUCAAAGUGGCAACUUAGCUAAACAUAAACGUAUUCAUACAGGAGAGACACCAUAUUCUUGUGAUGUCUGUAAUAAAUCUUUCUCUACCAGUAGUAACCUAAUGACCCAUAAACGUAUUCAUACAGGAGAGACACCAUAUUCUUGUGAUAUCUGUGGAAGGUCAUUUACUCAACAUAGCAGCUUAACUUCUCACAAAUGUGUUCAUAAGGGGAAGAAGCAAUCCCACUAAUAUUUAAACUAAAUCAUAAUCUCUAAGGGGUUACUGAAACCCUUUACCAUGUACGUUAUUCUGUCGAAUGCGAUGUUUAUAUAUUCACAUUAUUUUCAAUUUGCCAUCCAAAGGUUUAGUAAAAUUCUAUCAAUUAGAAAAAAGAUAUUUAAUUUUAAUUCUCAAAUUUUUAUCAAUUUUUGCGUGAUAUUAAAGGGACACUACUCAUAUAUGAACUUAGGCGCACACACACAGACACAGGAGACAAAAGACAAUACAAAGAGUUUUCAAAUUGAGUAAACAGGAGUAGUUGUGUGGUAAGUAGCUUGCUUACCUUUGUCGGAGACAGAUGUGUUUGUUUUUGGCAGAGAGUUCUUGCUGCUUGAUGUCACGUCUUUCGUCGUGAAAUAUUGAACUUUGAGGCUCGACUACAGGUAGGCGUUUGUCGUAUAUUUUGAGGGUUUAGUGGAGUUUGUUGCCCUGUAUUUAAUAUUUUUUGGUGAGUAAUAGACUCCAAUCUGCUCCAGACAUUUGCCUGCCUGUGGCCGCCUAUAAAGACUCACUUUGCAGUGAGAAUUGUGUUUUCGAG